AUUCCGCUUCUACCAAUCGGGUAAAACAGAGUCUGCGGUGAGCGAGCGCACAGCAGCCACAUCCGCUUCGCUCGUCCCACCCGCAGAGCUUGGAGAAGAAGAAGACAUGGCUCGCUCCCUUCUCUCUCACUUCCCCAUCCUCUCCAACUCCACCUCUCUGUCGUGUGCCGUCACUCCGAGCAAGUGCUUCGCAAGGCAUCUUUUUGUCAGACCCAAGGCCUCGAGUUUUCAUUGUCUCUGUACCCUCUCGCUCUCCGAACCCACCGUCUUGGAGACUUCCGGCUCCAUGAGGAAAAGGAUUGUUUCUGGAGUCCAGCCCACAGGUUCCAUUCACCUCGGGAAUUACCUCGGCGCCAUUAAAAAUUGGAUUGAGCUUCAGAACUCAUAUGACACGCUCUUUUUCAUUGUGGACCUUCACGCGAUAACACUACCGUACGAAACACAACAGUUAGCUAAGGCAACCAGAGAUACAGCGGCUAUAUAUUUGGCAUGUGGCGUUGACACUUCCAAGGCUUCUGUGUUUGUGCAAUCCCAUGUCCGUGCUCAUGUAGAAUUGAUGUGGUUGCUGAGUUCGGCUACGCCAAUUGGUUGGCUUAAUAGAAUGAUCCAGUUUAAAGAGAAAUCUCGCAAGGCGGGAGACGAAAAUGUUGGUGUUGCUCUAUUGACUUAUCCAGUUCUUAUGGCUUCUGACAUUCUCCUAUACCAGUCUGACUUUGUCCCUGUUGGUGAAGACCAGAAGCAACAUCUGGAAUUGACCCGUGAACUAGCUGAACGUGUUAACUACUUAUAUGGAGGAAGGAAGUGGAAGAAAUUGGGAGGGAGAGGAGGAACAAUUUUCAAGGUUCCAGAGCCCCUUAUCCCUCCAGCUGGAGCAAGAGUUAUGUCACUUACUGAUGGUCUUUCCAAGAUGUCGAAAUCUUCACCCUCUGAUCAGUCACGGAUCAAUCUUCUUGACUCAAAAGAUGUGAUAGCAAACAAGAUCAAACGUUGCAAAACUGACUCAUUUACAGGUUUGGAAUUUGAUAAUCCUGACAGACCAGAAUGCAAUAAUCUACUUUCAAUAUACCAGCUCGUUUCAGGAAAAACCAAAGAGGAAGUUGCAAAAGAAUGCCAAGACAUGAAUUGGGGCUUGUUUAAGCCCCUCAUUACGAACGCCUUAAUUGAUCAUCUGCAUCCCAUUCAGGUCCGCUACAAGGAAAUCAUGUCCGAUUCAGCGUAUUUGGAUGGUGUAUUGGCAGAAGGUGCUGCAAGAGCAACAGAAAUAGCAGAUGCUACCCUCAAUAAUGUCCGUCAGGCAAUGGGAUUCUUGCGGAGAUGAGAAGAUUUUGAUACAUUAAUAAGUUUUACGAGCACACCACUUGGUAGAUUACAUUAAAGCUCACUUCUACAUGAUUACCAACAUAAGUUUUCAGAUGAUUCUUUUCAGCAAUUUUUUGACUGAGGAAAAGCAAUAUUUCUGGCAAAGGCUGUCAUACAUCCAUUGAUGUGCUAGGAAGGUGUUUCCUUGUAUUAUGUGGGUUCAAAUUGCUUCCACUCAUAAUUUAUAUGUUAAUUCUCUUUCGACUGUGUUGUAUAA